UCUGGGUUACAGAGUUGAACCACUCGAUGAUAGGGAAGGGACCAAUGAAGCUGGAACUCAGCCUUUUACAGGGCUGUCGGAGACGCAUACGCCAAGUAGACAGCUAGAUGCUCUGGCAAACCUCGAAGUUAAGCGUAUUAGAACGACGUUGAUCUGUGUCAUUUUUCUGUCUCCGUACAGCUCGCUGGAGAUGGUGAUGAGCUGAGUCCCAGACCUCCUUGCUCUCUCAGAACCCGCAGUCGAUGGCCAGGAUGUCAGGUGGUUCCCACGACCAUGGAGGCAGGGGAGGCUGGAAACCAAGUAUGCUCUGGAGGGGUGUGAGUCUAGUGGCGAGAUGGCACAAGGAGUUUUACGCACACUCGGUCCAGCCCAGGAACUGGCUCCAGGAGUUUUGAUGACCGCGGCACAAAGAUCGUAAGAAUCGCCUCGCCUCCUGGAUCUUACUUUCAGUCUGUCCAUUCAUCUGGGGAUGAUAGCAGUUCUGUGCUGAUGCUUUCAGUUUGUCUUAUUCACUUCACAAACUCAUACAAACACUGACAGCCUCUGAGUGACUGCAGGAGACACAAUGGCAUCAGAAAUUGCAGGAGUCCUGGGUGACCUCUCUGAUUCCAGCUGUUGUUCAGAUAUUGCAGAAGACCUGGACGACGUCUCUGAUUCCAGCUCUUGUUCAGAACAAGAAGACGGUGAGAAAUCUGAAGCGGUGUCUGAUGAGUCUCCGACCACAAAAGGAGGCAAAGGGGUACCAAAAUCUCAUCAACCAAAAGGUGGUGCAAAGGUCCCUGCUAAAAAGAAAGCACGCGGUCGAAAGGGUGCAAAAAAGAAACGUCCAGAACAAGAAGACGGUGAGAAAUCUGAAGCGGUGUCUGAUGAGUCUCCGACCACAAAAGAAGGCAAAGGGGAACCAAGAUCUGAUCAAUCAAGUGAUCCUGCACAGGUCCCUGAUAAAGAGAAAGCACGCCGUCGAAAGGGUUCAAAAAAGAAACAACCAGAAGCAGACCAUGAUGAAGAUAAGGACGAAGAAGAUGAGGACGAUGAUGAUGACAGUGAUCAUGAUAGAGUGGUGUAUAUUGGAGAUAAUCAGGAUGAGGCCAAUGCAGCCAAAUGUAAAGAAGAGGAGAUGCGCGCUGAGGAAGAGAACCAAAAACAGUGGAAGAUGGCGAAGAAGGUGAUGCUGGGAGCUGGUGUGGCAGCAGUAGUGGUGGGUGGUGCGGGUUUAGCGGUGGCUACAGGAGGAAUGUCCAUACUCGCCAAGCUUGCACUUGCUGCAGGUAUAGGUGCAGCAAAACAAUACAGAAACAAGAGCAUUAAAAAAGCGAAAGAAAAAGAGAAAGAAAAAGAGAAAGAAAAAGAAAAGGAGAAAAAAUGAAAAAAAAUUUAUUACUGUAAACAUUUACUGCAGUAAAUUUUGAACAACUGGGAAAUAGGACAUACUAGUUUUAUGUAUGACAUGGUUUAAUUUGACCACAUACAGUUGAAGUCUGAAUUAUUAGCCUCCCUGUAUUAUUAACCCCCCCUGAUUAUUUUUUUGCCCUAUUUCUGUUAAACGGGGAGCAGAUUUUUCAACACAUUUCUAAUCAUAAUAGCUUUAAUAACUCAUCUCUGAU